AUGUUGUCGCCUUCAGAAAUGUCCCCAUUAGAUAUUAUAUGUGCCAACGUUUCUUCCAAUCCUCGAAACACUUCUCAAACUCUUUGGGAUAGCCUUCAGCUUAUUCAGCGAUACGCUUUUAAUGUCAUUUAUGCUUUACAUGCAUUGUCUUUAUCAUUGAGUAGAGUUUUACAAGCGGAAAAUCAAGAUUUAGUCGAGGCCGUGAAGUUGGCAGAUGCAGCAAAACACGAACUUGAGGAAAGAAGACAAUAUUCUACAGAUAACUUCAACACAAUUUUUGUAACUGUAGAAGAUAUUUGCAAUAAGUACAAUAUACCUGUGAAUAAACCUAGACUUGCCUCACGUCAAAUUAACCGUUCUAACAUUAUAACCGACUCUCAUCGUAAUAUUUUGUCAAACUUCUCAUGUCUUUUUCCUAUUGAAACAAAAUCUUUAGACAAAGAUUCAUGUAAAAAGUUAUUUGAAACUUAUUGUUCAAUUUUACACGACGAUUCCCCAGAAAUUUGGAUAAAUGAGAUAGAAAUUUGGCGACGACGACAAGCUGGUAAAAAUAUUCGAAACGCCCUCGAUGCCCUCGAUAUUUGUAAUUCAGAUUCGUUUCCAAAUGUUCAUAAAAUGUUAUGUGUAAUGUCAGUUUUGCCGGUGACUACAGUGACUAAUGAAAGGUCAUUUUCAACAUUACGUCGGCUUAAAACCUAUUUAAGGUCAUCUAUGGGUGAAGAUCGUUUAAACGGACUAGCUUCGUUGGAUAUCCAUCGUGACAUAAACGUGGAUAUCAACGAAGUAUUAAACGAAUUCUUUUCUACUCAUCGUAGAUUAAAUUUAUUAAAAAAAUAA